GGAUUAUUUGGUUGCUUAUGGGACCAAAUUGAAAAGCUAAAACCAUUAUUGUAUUCUCUUUGGUAACACAUAAAGAUAAAGUCCAAAAUCUCACAUGUAAGUGACUGAGUGGUGUGCGCGAGUCCGUAUUGGCAUAUAUGUGUGUGUGCGCGCAUAUACUAAGUUAUCAAGAAGAAAAGGGGAUGUGAUCAUGAUUCAAUUACAUGAAGAUAUGCAAAUUGAAAUCACCAAGCGAUUACAUAUUACUUUCUUACUUCUUUUUAUUUUAUGUCUUUUUGACUUGUUAUAUAAUGACAAUGAUUAUGUUGGAUGGUAUCUUGGAUUUGGUGACUGAAUUUAUGAAAUCAAAGAAAAUUAUUAUUAUGAAUUUGGCCCAUCCCCUCCAUGAACAAAUUGAAUAUCAUUUCUUUAACUAGCUAAGCCUUCAAAUCAUUCCAUUAAAGCUUCUUUUGCACCAGCAAUCACAUGCAUAUUAUUCUUUAUUUGUCUCUCUCCCUCAUCAUCACAUAUGCACCGUUUUCCUCAGUAAUACGCAUUUGUAUAUAUAUCACGGGUCUUUCUUAAAUUCUCAAGGAACUGACUUAGAGGGAGAGAAUUAAAGAGUGUUUUAGAGAGUGGAUUUUGUUUUCUUAGUGUGGUGAGCUAGUAGUGUAAUUAAGAUCAGAAUGAAAAUCUCCACAUCUCUAGGGACUGUUUUGGUUUCUGUUAUCUUCUAUCUAUCCUCUGCGUCACCAUUUGUCAUCUGUUCAUCUCUUGACGUCACCAUUGAUAACCAUUCACCAAGGCAUCUCAAGAACAACGGAUCCCUGUUGAGUAAUCAAAUGAUAACCAGCAUAAAGCUUCAUGGCAUUCUCUUAUGGGCUUCAAUGGGAUUUCUUAUGCCAAUGGGGAUUCUCUUCAUUAGAAUGGCCAAUAAAGCUAAUGAAAAUGGAAGAAAUGUUAAAGUGUUCUUCUACCUUCAUGUCAUUUUCCAGAUACUAGCAGUGGUUUUGGCAACAAUAGGAGCUAUAAUGUCUUUAAGAACAUUGGAGAACUACUUUAACAACAACCAUCAAAGACUUGGCCUGGCUCUUUAUGUUGCCAUGUGGCUCCAAUUCUUGACCGGUAUCUUCAGGCCCUCUAGAGGGAGCAAAAGGAGGUUGAAAUGGUUCUUAUUGCAUUGGAUUCUUGGAACAAUAGUGUCAAUAAUUGGCAUAAUAAACAUAUACACAGGCAUAAGAGCUUACCAUAAGAAGACAUCAUCAAGUAGAGACUCAAGUAUUUGGACAAUCUUGUUCACAGCUCAACUCUCUUUUCUUGUCGUCGUCUAUCUAAUUCAAGACAAAUGGGAGCAUUUUCAAAAGCAAAGAGUGGUUAUUGAUGAAUUGAAUCAUCAUCAAAAUACUAAUACGAGUGGAAGAAGUAAUGACCAAACCAUUCAAGUGGUAACAGGAAAUGAUCAAGAACAAAAGGUCAUGGUUCCUCAGCCUUGUCGCAAGAGUAAUGCACUUGUGAAUCUGUUUAAACUGAUUUGAUUGGUCAAGAUCAAUUAUAUAACGAUUUGAUUUUUUUUUGGAUCUGAUACUCAGUAUCAUAUUUUAUAUUUUUAUGAUAUAUGCUAUUGGAUUUGCUUCCAUUUGUUUUUGUGAGUUUUGUAAAUAUAGUCCUUGUUUUGUUUUUAAGUAUAUACUUUUAUUUGAAUA